CCCCGCCCAACUGUCACGCCUAUAUAAGGCGGGGGCCAAGCACGAGGCAUUGUCGUCGCUGCUGCCGCUGCUUGCUUCACGCUGCGUCGCCACUGCCCUUCAAUUCCGACGCGUAGACUUCAAUGGAAAAAGCCUUUGUAAAUGCUUUUUAAGGACACUUACUCAAACCAGACUGAAAAGGGCCUCUUAGCGGGUUCCCUUGUUCAUCUGGAGCACUACAGAGAACCUCCUUGGCGACCCCGGUGACGAAGCCCUUCUGUUGAACUCGGAUCUUUUUAAUUUCACGUGAAAAUAAGUUAAGGGAGCCAUGUCUGGACUUGAAACAAGUGAGCUGAAGCUGACUCCACUGGAGGAUGAUGUGAGCCUUCAUGAUAUGCUGGAGGCCCGCAUCCAAGAAAUGAGAACGGAUGAGAAGGAUGCCUUCUACGUGGUGGACCUGGGGGACAUCGUGAGGAAGCACCUGCGCUGGCUCGGCACCCUGCCUCGUGUGCGGCCCUUCUACGCUAUCAAGUGCAACAGCACUCAGACCAUCGUACACACCCUCGCCACGCUGGGCGCUGGCUUUGACUGCGCCAGCAAGGCGGAGAUAGCGCUGGUGCAGAGCCUUGGUGUGAGCGCUGACCGCAUCAUCUAUGCAAACCCCUGCAAGCAAGCGUCGCAUGUGCGCUAUGCGGCCGAGCACGGCGUCAACCUCAUGACGUUUGACAACGAUGCCGAGCUGCACAAGGCGGCCCGCAUCAACCCCAAUGCCAAGAUGGUGUUGCGCAUCGUGACGGACGACUCGAAGUCCAUCUGCCGCUUCAGCAUGAAGUUUGGUGCCAGUUUGAAGGCCAGCCGCCACCUCCUGGAAACUGCACGCAAUCUGGGUGUGGAUGUUGUGGGCGUGAGCUUCCACGUUGGCAGUGGCUGUCAAGACGCACAGACAUAUGCGCAGUCCAUUGCUGAUGCCCGUGUGCUCUUCAACAUCGCUGCUGAAAUGGGCUUCAACAUGAAUCUACUGGACAUUGGAGGAGGGUUCCCUGGCUCUGACACAAAUGCAAAGUUGACCUUUGAUGAGAUUGCAGCUGUGGUGAACCCAGCUCUAGACUUGUACUUCCCAAAGGGCUGUGGCGUGAACAUCAUUGCUGAGCCUGGUCGCUACUACGUGACAUCGGCUUUUACUCUGGCUGUCAACAUCAUUGCCAAGAAGACGUUCUCCAAGGCCUCGGCCAAUGGAGGUGAAGAGCCGGUGCACAUGUACUAUGUCAAUGAUGGCGUGUAUGGCUCCUUCAAUUGCAUCCUGUUUGACCACGUUCAACCAGAUCCCAUUGUUUACAAGCAUGUUGAGCCAGAGGAGCCAGUGUUCGAGUCGUCACUGUGGGGCCCCACUUGCGAUGGGCUGGACCGCGUGGUGGAGCGCAUGCAGCUGCCAGAGUUGCACGUGGGCGACUGGCUGCUGUUCCGCAACAUGGGCGCGUACACCAUGGCGGCUGCAUCCAAUUUCAAUGGAUUCCCCAAGCCUCCGUUGCAUUAUGUAAUCCGCAAUGCAGACUGGAUUGCAAUCCACGAGCUGCACAGGUCUCUCUCCGAGAUGCGUACCUGUGGUGGCGAGGACGAGGUGGCCGUGCCGCUGUCUUGCGGUCUUGAGAGCUGCGAGCCAGGCUUCACGCCACCCUCUGCCGCUUCUGGCGUCAAUGUCUAAACCCUGACUGCGCUGGGGUGUUUGGGGGGGGUAUCGGAUGAGGCCAGCCUAGUUUGGGGGAGGGGGGACUGCUAGGUGCUAGGCUUGAUGGUGAAAUGAAGCUUCUUUUUAGCCUGACAAAUGUGCCACUUAUUACUCCCCACCUUGAUUUACUACGAUUCACCUAGCCCAUUCCCUUGUUUUCUAGAUUGACACUUGCACAUUUGGUUGGAGGGCAAAGUGGGUGAGCAAAGCAUUACAUUCUUAGUUAACGUUCCUUGUGGAAUGCUGGUUAUAUUUUGGUGCUUUAACAAAUGGUGCACACUUCUCAAUGCCACUGCCCCCACUGUGCACAUCAGCUGAGGGGAGGUAAUGGUGGAGGAUAAUUGCAGAAAUAGCUAUCGUUGAUUUGACAAGUUGCUGGGAUGUUGCCUUAUUGCUGCCAAUUGGCCUCGAAGGCAUUUUCAUCUUAACUUGACAACCAACCUCCGUGUAAAUGCAGCGUUUGGCUUCUCCAGAGUACCUUGUCUCCCAGCUUUGCACAUUCUGUAGUUUUACAAUUAUGCACGCUUCCAUUUCACAGGGCUGUAAAACGGCAAACGAAAAGCAACAAAAGGAAGGCCAUUUGGGGGAGUGGGCUAAAAGUUUGGAGACGGCACAUGAGCCAACCAAAUGCUACCUCUAAUAUGAACAAACUUGCUAACCCACUCGCUGAUCCCCAACCCUAUCUUGGUCUCUUGCAGCAGCACUCUUCACCAUUUUAGCGUUUAAGCUUUUUUGACCAGUGCUGUGCAUUUCGUCAGCGAAAUGGGCUUGAGUGGUGUGCAUUACAUAGGCUGGGUAUCUAAAUCUAUCUGACACAAAUUUUGUAAUUGGUUUUCAAUCGCAUUCACAUUAAACUACAACCUGCCACCAUUCUUCCCUAAUUGACGCAUUACAAGUGUGUAAUUGUGGAACGCUACGCUCCUUUCAUGUAACGAACACUUUAUUUUUGAGCUUGCUUUACAUGUUAUGAGUUGGCAAAUGAUGUCAACUUGAACCUAUGUGCUGCGUAAUUUAAUGACCUAUGACUGAUUUAAGAGCGGUUAUGAAAUACGUGGCAAAGUACUGGCAAAACCCAUUGGGUCGACACGACUUAAUUUUGAUGGUGCCCCCCCAUUAUGUAUGGGUUGGCUGGCGACUAAACAUUAUCUUGAAGGGGACCAGGCUUAACAUUGUGCACUCGCCAUGCCCUUAAAGCCCAGUGGUGUUUGCUUUGAAUGCAAUACUUAUGACAAGUUUAGGGAAAGUCAUUUGUUUACACAAAGUUUUUACUCCUUGACAGUACUAACUGUAGUGUGACUGUAAUAAACAUUUUAAACUUA